AUGGAGGCGAUGGAGCAGCUCGAGGAGGCGGAGGCUCACCGUGAGGAGUUGGGUGCAGACGCGCUCGAGGCCGCGAUCGGAAUCGGCCUCGGCGGCGAGGGAUCGACCUUGGGCUCGGGCGUCAACCGGCGGCGUUUCAUGUACGGCGGGGGCCUCCCCACCAGCGCAGGCCCGUCAGGCGGCGACGGCAGCGAAGCGCGAGGCGGCCUCUCGCUCCGCUCGCUCCUGCAGAUGGGCUUGGCUCAGCAUGCGACGGGCAAGUCUUCGUCCGCCGCCGGCUACACCGAGCUCCGCGACUCCGAGCCCGGCUCCUUCGCCCGGGCCGGCUCCAAGGGAAUCGGCCUGAUCGCCGCGGGGGGCGUCGAGGACGAGGUCCCCCUCGUCGACCACGGGCUCGGGCUGGGGGCGCGGCUCCGCUCCUCGCUCGGCGCCUUCAAGGCGCGCGCGCAGGAAUUCCUCUUGAUCGCCGCGCUCGGCGUCGGCGCCGCCACCCUCUCCCUCGCCAUCACCCUCACCGCCGCCUUUCUGCACCGGCUGCGGCAGCGCAUCGCCGAGCGAGCGGCGGCGUGGGGGCGCGGAGACGCAAAGGGCGGCGGGGAGGAAGAGCUCGACGCCACCGCCGCCGCGCUCGGCCUGGUGGCGCAGUACGGGCUCUACAUCGCCUUCUCGCUCGCUUGCGCCACCGUCGCCCUCGCCACCACCCUCCCGGCGGUCGGCAUCCCCGAGAUGAAGGCCAUCCUCUCCGGCUACUGGCUCCCGCGCUACCUCUCGCCCUCCACCUUCGUGGCCAAAGUGAUCGGCCUGACGACCGCUCUCGCGGCGGGCUACACCAUCGGCCGCGAGGGUCCCCUCGUGCACCUCUCCUGCACGCUCGCGACGGGGCUGAUGACGCUGCCCGGCUUCGGCGCCAUCGCCGAGUCCCACAACCUCAAGCGGUCCAUGCUCGGCGUCGCGUGCGCCGUCGGCGUCGUCGCAACCUUCGGCACGCCGAUCGGCGGCGUCCUCUUCUCGAUCGAGGUGACGUCGACCUACUACAUGGUCUCAAACCUGCCGCGUGAGGCGUGUGGGACGGUGUACGCUGUGGGGCUUGGCCCCAAGUGCACUGGCCUCGCGUCUCGAGGGGAGGGCGGCUCGUAA